CACGCGAGUCAUGUUUUCACUUGACUGAAUACUACAGAGGAACGAACGUUUCGAUUACCCAGUCAUAUGGGUCUUCUUUCUUUUUUCCCCUCCCGUACCGUCUAACUGUCCUCCUCACUCACCGGCUACGUAGGUCCCGCCACGGUGGCGAUACCUAAACGGACAUGCCUCGCCAUUCGAAAUUGGCUAAUUCUUAUCCUUUCGCAUCCCAUGGCGCUGGAAACAAGCGAACCACAACCGCACGACACUGAUAGGGCGUCAUAUCAAAAAGCGAGAAAAAGAGGGGAAUGGCGAGGAAGAUACGUCAGAAAAUCGGCCUCCACCUGCCAUUGCCAUUACCAUCUGGGAACCACCUCAAGGUCGCCUGACGUGCCCAAUCGAUCCAGAGCCGAGACCGUCGAAUUCUUGAGCUGUCUUGCCUACACCGCAGUUAGGAAACAGGAUCAAGUGGGUUCAGAUCUAGUCUGGCUUCUGGUUCGAUGCGGAGGCGGAGCGGCGACAUCAGGGGUCCAACAGUCUAACAGUCCGGCAAUCUGGCAGUCCAGAAGGGCAGGUUCGCUUCGCUUCGUCGGUUUCCGAAAUAGAUCGCUUAUUUAUCUCGAGGGUCUGUGCACGGGAUGGCGAGGCCCAGGAGUAGUCUACGUGAAGCAAACCUGCAUACCGUUUAGACGAGUUUGGCAAUUCACGCAAAACGGGUUUCGCAUGGCUGGUUGCUAUGACGUUGAAGGUUGGAUUCCUUGACUUGGGUUAGCAUGUAUGGUUACUGCAGGUUGUAGAUUGAUACCUGGCAUGGCAUGGGGCUAUUACAUCACUGCCCUACCUGUAGAACUUGGCUACAAACACUAUCAAAACCUGAUCUUAUUGUUUACUUUACGUCUAGCCUCAAGAGAGUGCACCGUAGUGGC